AUGACUUUCAUUAAUGAUCCACACUAUGGCAAUUCUUCAAUUGAGUUCGAUAUCAAUGGGUUGGUUACUUCAGCAGUUGCUAAGACAACCAAUCUGCAGAAGCAUCCACAGCUUUCUUUGGCUUGUGGUGGUGCAUCAAAAAUGCUUUUGCUUUCACUUGACGAAGAUGUAUUGAAUUCAGCAUUAGAAGUUCAUUUUAAGGCUGGUUCAAUGCAUUGGGUUGUUGACAAAGUCCCUGAUCAGUCUCUACUGAACACAGCUAAUUGGAAAUUUAUCAUUCCUCGUUUAUACUGGAAUUACCCAAAUGACGAUAUGCUGCUAAAUAUUUCAAUGGCCUCAUCCCCAGUGAUAAGGAUUACAUCAGAAAAAAUUGAAGCUACCAUUAACGCAGAUAUGGUAAUUGAUGUUGUAGAUGGCAAGGAGAUAGUUCCAGUUGCAUGCAUCUCAGUGAUUGUCAGUGCUUCAGGUGUUGUGGAUGCAUUAGGCAAUAAAGUAUAUGGUAGAGUUGGAUUAGAUAAUUUCUCCCUUGCGUUGAAGUGGAGUAAAAUUGGGAACUUCCAUAUGUCUUUGAUUCAGGGAGUGAUUCGUGUUUUCCUGAACACAGUAUGCAUGCCCUAUUUGAACUCACGGCUUGGGAAUGGAUUUAUCUUGCCCGUGGUUCACGGUUUCACACUCCAAGACGUCUACGUUUUAACCUCUGCUGAGCAGCUGACGCUUUGUUCUGAUGUCACCUUCAACGCAAGCAGCUUGACGAGUUUAUCACGUAUGUGA